AUGAAUCCAACCUCUGUUCGCCGCAACCUCUUCCACGGAAACCUCAGUCGCCGACCUGCCUCCGUAGGACCUCCCAAUGGCUCCAUCCCUCAAAACACCAGCGGCCUUUCCAAUCGCCCCUCGCACCGGCUAAAACCGACAUCUUCGGAUUCCGGACCGCCUGCUCGAUCAUUCAAAGUGGAGAAUAAAGACAUCGUGGUCCGGGACAAGAAUGGCAGCUACAAACUGGAUAUUCCAACAUUGCCGCAUGCUCUAAUUGGGGAAGAUGGAGAGGAGCUAGGUGAUCUUGCAUCCGAGGAGGGCUUGAAUUCUUCAGAGAUCACCGGCUGUGAUAAAGAGAAGUUCGAGGCGGCUCUUGUGGAGAUGAUGAUUCGGCACCGAAACAGACAAUCAAACGAUGAACCUGAUGAAAUUCUGGGCUUGGUGCACGAGAGCCUACGCAAAAAGGUAGCAUCGUUGGACGACGACAAUUGGAUGUUCGAACCUGAGAAGGACUCGUUCUCUAACUAG